AUGGUGCGAAUAGUUCCGUUAGCAUCAGUACUGCUCUUUGUGGCAGCGCUUGCCAACGCCAGAAUAUUGCCGAGCCGGAGCAAACAAGUGAAAGUGUACAGCUACGUGCUGCCGGCCGGGGCUGAAGAGAUACGUGACGAUAUUAACCACUCGUUUGCGUGCGCCAACCGUACCGAUGGGUUCUACGUCGAUAUGGACAAUGAUUGUCAGAUCUUCCAUCGCUGCCAAGAUAAUGCCCGGUUCAGCUUCAUCUGUGCCGAACGCACUGUUUUCAGCCAAAUGUAUCAAACGUGCGUCCAUGAUGGACAGCUCGGCUAUCCCUGCGAAGAGUCCGCACAGUAUUACCCCGAUGGCGAAGACUACGGACCAUCCGCUCCCAGUUCCGAGGCAGCCGAAGAAGCGCCGCAAGUGGAAGAAAUGAACCGCAAGCAACCGGUACAGACAGCUCCAGUUCAAGAGCUGGAAGCUCCACAUGCUCCUUCCCACGCGGCUGAGGUUGUUGCACCCAGUGAAGAAGCUGCGCAGGACAACACACGGCAGCCAUCUGAACAAGCAGAAUCGGUUCAGGUUUUGAAUGAUGAACCGGAACAGCAACAAGAACAAGCGGAACAGCAUCAGGUGAAUGCUGACCUGUUUGAUCCGAUUGAGGAGGAGGGCGAUGUAUCGUCAGAAAAUUCAGCUCAAGAAGUAAUGGAUGAAAGUGAACCCUCGACAUUGACUGUUUCUUUGGAGGCAACGAGUGCUGAUCCUGCGAACCAGGAUGAAGAAUCCAAUGAGGUCGAAGUUAUGGAUGAUGUAAUUCAGCAGCAGCAACAGCAGGAACACGAACAGAUUGUAUCCUCAGAACCAUCGUCAGUAGUAGCGCUCUCCGACACAGCAUCCCAGGAGGAAGUUACUGCAGAUGAGCAGGCUGAAAAAUUGGAGACGGACACGCAAGGUACUCCGAAUGAACUUGCGCCAUCAGCAACUCCAGAAACGGAGAACGAAACACAAAACGAAGCUGACUCACUUCUGAAUGCCGUGCAGAUGGUGGAAGAGCUAGAACCUAUCGUACAUGAUCUUGCUGUAGAGACUGAUGUGCUGAAGCCGCUUGUUGCCGAGAUAGUAGAAGACCCAACACCGUCACUGUUCAUACCAGCCAACCAACAAGACAACGAAGUCUUGCCCGAAUCACACUCCACACACACAGCCGAUAUGGAAGCACCACAAAUGCCAUCGGAUGCGUCAUCAACAGUCAACGAUAGUGAACAAAGCUCAACAGCGUUGGAAAGUGAUCAGCAGGUGAACGAACUAUCGCCACAGACGGAAUUGAGUUCCGCUGCCACCGCGGAUGAUUCAUCGGAAACGGCUGACACCGUCAGCGUGGAAGCGGACGAAACGGUUCUGCCUGCUUCUGAACCGGAAACGAUUGACGUCAAGCUUGAGGGAGCUGAAGCGGACACACCCACUAAAGAACAGGACCGGCCCAUGGAAAGCCCUGCCAUCGUGGAGGAGAUGGCACCGCUCCGACCAAACGACAGUGCUGAACUGCCCGAGCUGAUCGUAUCAACCGAGUUCCAUCUGGACGCCGUCACCCAGGGCCCACCGAUUCGGCGAAGAAAAACGUUCCUCUUCCGAGCCGACGCCAUCCGAUCGCGGCAGUGA